AUGUCUCCUUCUCAGACACCACUAACACCAUUGAGUGUACCUCCAUCAAAUGCGACUGUCAAAAUCAGCAUAAUUGAUAGUGCAGGUCGCCUAGGUCGAGUCCCAUCGAAAUUGUUCUUUGAACCUCAUAUAGAGGGAUUUGAAUAUUGGACGGCUCCUUCUUAUUCCUUUUUGAUUGAACAUGGUUCUUCAGGAGAUAAGUUACUAUUUGAUCUUGGAAUUCGGAAGGAUCUUGAGAAUCUACCCCCGGUCAUUCAAAAGUUGGUCGAAGGGUGGGAAUUAAGUUCUCAUAAGAAUGUGAGCGAUGUUUUGGUAGAAAAUGGUGUUGAUCUUCGUGAUAUCAAAACUAUUAUAUGGUCACAUCGACAUUUUGAUCAUACUGGAGAUCCUUCCGUGUUUCCUUUCUCAACCGAUUUAGUUGUUGGUCCUGGAUUGAAGAAGAUUGUUGGUGAAGGAUAUCCAAUUGAUGAAGAGUCUAUCUGUUCGACUUCGGCAUGGGAGGGUCGUAACUUUAUCGAGUUGGACUUUGAAACCGACAGGAGAGUUACGAGUAUUGGUAGAUGGAAGGCUAUUGAUUGGUUUGAAGAUGGAUCUUUCUAUCUUUUACAUUCAAUUGGUCAUACUAUGGAUCAUCUCUCUGGCUUUGCUCGGACAAAACUUGCUGCACAAUCAAUAACAGGGACGGAUGAGUUUAUUCUAAUGGGUGGUGAUGUCGCUCAUCAUGGUGGGGAGUUUAGACCCAAUAGAUUCUUACCAAUCCCUACCGAAAUAUCGCCAGAUCCUCGUCUUCCACCGUACUGUGGAGGAUUUUGUCUUGGGGCGUAUUAUGCACAACGUAAUAUGAGACACAAUGGGGAUGAUUGUUGGAAUACCCCCUUUUUAAAAUCAGCGAAGCCGUUUUUGGAUGAUGAAGAAAAGGCUGAAUGGAGUUUGGAUGUUAUUGGUGAAUUCGAUGUUCAUGAUAACGUAUUCGUUAUAUUUGCACAUGAUAAUACUUUGUUGAACGUUGUGGAUCUGUAUCCAAAAGAAGCUACGGAAUGGAAAGAAAAGGGAUGGAAACGAGAAGGUAGAUGGAGAUUUCUAGAAGAUUUGAAAGGUCAUAACUAA